GCCAAUCGCAAGACACGGCGCCAUACGUUUGAACUGACGUCUGUAUACUGACUGUACUGUGUGUGUUACUGUGUUAUCUGUUACCAAGCUGCUGCGGGCGUCGACACGGGGCAGUGCACUGAGCCUCUGAAAAGAUGGCGAAAGAAAGAUGUCUUAAGAAGGCCUUUCAGGACAGCCUUGAAGACAUAAAGGAACGUAUGAAAGAGAAGCGAAUAAGAAAACUAGCAAAGGUGGCCACAGUCAAAAAGGGAUCAUCUGCGACAGCUAAGAUUCUCAACAAUGGCACUGCAUCAGUAAAGAGCUUUCAGGCUAAUAACCAAGCUCUUGCUCAAGCUCUCGAAGCUGAAAAAUCCAAGUGUAGACAAGCGCAAGAUCUCAUCCUUCAUUUAAAGAGGGAGCACCAGAGAUUGAUGUUUGAGAUCUUUAUUUUAAGAAGGAAGCUUAAUAUGCAACAGGGAAACACUUCAUCAGAAUCCAAAUUGGCAUCCUUAAAAGAAAUUAUUACCAGAGUCACUCACAACUUGUUAGAGACUGCAAACCUCCUUGGCCCCGCACACGCCUUGUGUUCCAGUGAUUAUAACUCAACAAGUACUCCAUCUACCGUGGAGGAGAAGUGCUCGCCACCUGCUGGGACUGCUAACAGUUUGGGACUUCCAUGUGCUUCGGUUUCUGUUGCAAGAAGAAACUUUGUGCUAGAAACAAACUCUGUUACUAGUAAAAGAAGUCUCCAAGAAGACCUUUUGGAAACCUCUGAAAACGUGACGGCAGUAAAGACAUUAAAUAAAGGAGGAAAAUCCAGCUCCAAUCAUUUAAUAUCCGAGAUUGAAAAUGCUGAUUUAGAGGUUAAACGGGAAAAUAAUUUACUUAAAAAUGUGUCCAUCCGCCGCCGCCGCCCUCCUAGCCUAAAUAUUUGCAUAGAAGAAAACUUUGAGACACUGGAGCAAAGUCUACACUUCAAUUCAGUAAGCAGUGUUCCUGAACCAGAAAACAUUGUUCCAGUGGAAGAAGUAAGUAAUAAUGAUGAAAUAAUGGACAUUUAUCCUGAUCCAAGUUCAGCAAAAGAAUUUCUACCUUUUACAAAACUGUCUGAAAUAUUAAGUUCAACACCUGAACCUAAAUCAAAACCAGCACUUCAUAAAAGCACAAAAGAGCCACGUACUGGCAGGGAGAAGGUCAGAAAAGGCAGAGCAGAUGGAGCAGGUGGUGUCCAGCUGAAAAAGCCUUGGGAAAAAUCAAAACCAAGGACUAGGUCAAAGAGCAGAGAAAGGGGACCAAGCAAGUCAGAAGUCUCCAAGGAGAAAAUGAACAGUUCAAUAAAUUCAGGUGAUGCUUACGACUUUGUAUUGGAGGAGAGCAUACAUGUUAUGCCAUUUCAGCCAAAUAAGCCUGGCCAUGAUCCAGAAGAGGAUCCUCCCAAAGAUGACCUAGUGGAAGACCAUUCUGAUCAAAGCAACAACAGUGAAGAAGAGUUAAAUGGCAGCUUGUACAUGCCCCCAAAGGUCAAGGCAAAAAAUAGUACUGUUGGACAAAAUGUUGUGCCGCUUCCUUUAAGACCGCGAUCCAAAAGAAGCAAAGCUGUUCAACCACAGCUAGCUGAGAAAGCUGAAAAUAAGAGGUGCGAGCAAACUAAAGAAGAUAUUGCUACAAGAAAGAAAAGUACAAGAAGCAGCUUAAAAGGUCAAGCGGGAAAUGAAGUUGGAACCAAGCUUAAGAAAAAAAAUCCCUUGGUACAGAGAUAUGAGCCCACAGCAGAAGUAGACAAGGAAAGUGUAGCUGCCCUGGAUCUCAAAGAUACUGUAACCCAUGCGACCGAAAAGAGUUCAGAUGUUCCUAAAGGCGCUCCCCCAACUCAGCGGAUCAGCCUAUCUGAUGUUACAAAUUUUUCUGCAAUCUCAGGGAGUACAGAAGCAAAAAAACGAUCUUUACCUCUCCCCAACAAUGAUGAGCGGAAAAUGUCUGGAAGUUGCAUGAGAAAGAGGCGGUGUACAGUAAUGGUCAAUUAUGCGGAACCAAAGCUUGGCAAGAAGCUGCGAAGAGGUGAUCCAUUUACAGAUACUGAAUUUUUAAGUUCACCCAUUUUCAAGAACACUGACUCAAAGCGCAGUUCACUUAGUAGAAAAUCACUUGCCAGAUACAAUGAAGCGUUUGUCGGCUGUAGAUAAGUUUGAGAUUCAGACUAACAAGUGACUGUACUUAAUGUAAAUACGUCUCCAGGUGGUUUUUGUAAUAAGUGCUCACUAGAGGGUUGGUUCGGCCCUUAACAUGUAUAUGCCUAGUAAUCACAGCAUCUAGAGGAGAUAUUGCUUUCUUUACUUAAAACAGAAUGUUGCAAAAAAAAUGUAAUUUGUAAUUUGUUCUGCUCUAUUUAAGGCUACAUUAUAUUAAUUUGUAAAUAUUUGCAUGUAAACAUCUAGAACUUUCCUGUAUAUAGCAAGAUGUCCAGUGUAUUCACCAACAAUUGACUCGUAAUGGUGGUCUGUUUAUUUCCCCUAUAGUAGGCUUCUACGGUAUCAGUACUAAAUGCCGCCGGCUGGAAUCCCGGCGGUCGAAAUACCGACGCCGGAAUCCCGACCACACAAUCCCGACAGGGGUGGCGAGCGGAACGCAGCCCCUUGCGGGCUCGCUUCGCUCGCCACGCUGCGGGCACGGUGCCUCGCUACGCUCGGCACACUAUUAUAUUCUCCCUCUAUGGGUGUCGUGGACACCCACGGAGGGAGAAUAUGUCGGGAUUGUGGCAGUUGGGAUUCCGGUGUCGGUAAUUCGACCGGCGGCAUCUUGACCGCAUCCUGCUUCUACAACCUGUAACUUUACAGGUGUUUUGAAACUACAUGUCAUUGUGUGCUCUGGCAGCCAUCUAGCUGGUUAUGCUGGGACUUGUAGUUUCACAACACCUGGAGACCCACAGGUUGUGUAGACUCGUCUUCAGUUUUGUCACCUAGGGGUUCUUUGUUCUGGCUCCACAAAACAUAUUUGUUCACAAGCCAUUAAUAUGAAUUGCCUAGGUACAUUUUGUGUUUGAAUAGUGCAGCUUUUUGUCUCCACAUAGCUUAGAAUGUUUAAUGGAUGGCAGCAAUUACCACAAGAAUGCAUGUAUUCAUGCACUACUUUCAGAUAGAGAACAGCAGAAGGAAAGGCGCUUUUUGAGGAUUUAUUGUAUUUUCUAUAAUGUGAAACAAAACCAACGUUGCUUUCAAUCUUACUUUCCUGAUUCAUAUAGAAAGAUUAUGGUGUUGCUUCAAAACGACGACUUAAAUGUUUUUAAAGUACACAAAUUCCCAAGUGAUGAUCAGAUGUUAUGCGCACUUUCAUUUGUCCCUUUUUUUUUUUUUUUUUGUAUCCUUUUCAUAAUAGCUUUCAGCAAAUAUUGUGGGUUUUUUUUGUAUAUCUUGUUCUUGUCAAAUAUCUUAAUACAUUUU